CUGAUGACCCAGUACCCGCUGUCAUGCCUGAUGACGCGGUGCCCGCUGGCGAGCCAAAUGACCUGAUGCCUGCCAAAUGACCUGAUGCCUGGUGACCCGAUGCCCGCUGUCGAGCCAGACGAUCCAAUGUCUGACCCAGUGCCCGUGGUCAUGCCAGUUGACUCGGAACCCACUGUCGUGCCUGGUGACUCGGUGCCCACUGCCUUGCCAGAUGACGCGGUGCCCGCUGGCGAGCCAAAUGACCUGAUGCCUGAUGACCCGGAGCCCGCCGCUCCGCCUGGGGGCCCGGUGCCCGGCGCUCCUCCUGGGGGCCCGGCGCUCCUCCUGGGGGCCCGA